UAUUAAAUGUCAUUUUAACUUAGGUUAAAAGCCAAUGAUUUUAGUGUUCUCGUAAUUGAAUAUUUUAUAAUUUAUUUCUGGUUCAUUAUAAAUUGUUAUAUGUAGUUUAUUGUUAAGAUUCUGAAAAUGGCUCAUAUUCAGUUUACAGAUGAGCUUAUUCGCGAAUACUUAUUGUUUAGAGGUUUUGGAUCAACACUCAAAGCUUUUGAUUCAGAAUUGAAAGUAGAUAAAGAGAAAAGUUUUCGUGUUGAUAAAAUAAUAGACCAGUUAAUGCAGACAAUAAAUAAUUAUGACUUCAAUUCUCUUAGAGAAUUGUGGGGCCACUUGGAUAGUCAUAUGUUUACAAAGCUGGAAAGUCACUUUUCUCCAGGUGUUAAAAAAUUAGAAAAUGCUGUUCUUAAAAUGUAUUUAAUCAAUGCAGUUGUAAAUAAUAAAACUGAUAAGGUUAUGGAAUUUUUUAUGAAACUGACACCAGAAUUACAAAAUCAGAGUGAAUGGAAGGAUUGGUUUGUACUUCCAUAUAUAAAAAAUCCUGAAGAGAAUCCUACAUUUUCUCUUCAUUUUACGAAGCAUUGGCAAGACACCUUAUUGGUAUCUCUGCAUAAUUUUCUUGCUUCCAUAUUCCAGUAUAUGCCUACUCCAACGCUUUUACAUUUUGAAGAGGAUGCCAAUAAAAUUAGUAAAUUGGAACAAAGGAACGAAUCCCUAAAGAACCGCUUAGCUCUUUUAAUAGAUAAAGGCUCAGAAAGUAGUGUUACCCCAUGUCAAGUUGAACCACCGCCCCAUUUACUUGACGACUUUUACAUAAUAGCUCAAGAAAAUAUUAUAGAUAAUCAAGGAAAAAGUUUAAAAAGUCUUAUUAGAAAUAUGGGGACCGCUUCCAGUCCAAUUUUGGGUCGAAAAGACAAUUCCUCUGGUAAGAAGAGGUUAGGUUCAGUGUCAGGACGUAACAUUAAAUCUGGACAUUUUAUAGAAACUUGAAUUUGUUUUAUCAGAUACUGUAAGGGCUUAAGUAGCCGAUUAUACUAUGCUACCUUAUUCGCAAUUGGAUUUAUCUUAGAUAAUCCACUUUUAUCACUUUUGCUCAUGUAAUGUAGCAAUUAUUAAAAACAAAAUUUUAAAAUGGACAUACUGAAUCGAUGUAGUUUUGUGUUUUAAACUGAAUUAAGCAAUAUACAUAUUACACUUCA